UGUGCUUCAAGAGGACGCGCGAUCGCAUUCAAUUCAAUGUAUCGCUUUUCCUGUUGUCCUGAAGCCAAACGGACCCACGUGAUUCCGGUUUUCUCCAAAAUGGCAUUCAACAAAAGGGGUCAAUAUGGAGAUUGUGUUAAGAGGAACAGAGCAAAGCUGCUUGCUUUAAUUGUACUUUUUGUGAUUAUACAUCACUUUGGAUUUCCAGAAUUUAAUACAGAAUAUGAAGACAGUCUUCCAGCUAUGUACAGUAGUUUUAAAAUGAACAAAUCCAUAGUAUCGCUGAGUUCCAUUACUCCCAUUAAAAAUUCAGAACAUUUUAUAGUGUCUGCAUUUAUUGAGCACAGGAUAAAUAAGGACAUUCGAAUUAUCAGCAUCAUUAAAAGACAGAGUCUGCAGCCUUAUCUUUGCAUCUUUUGCAAUAAUGCCCAUGAUUGCAAGUUUGCUAAGGCUGAAAUUGAGAUACACUCAGACAAUUUUGGCUUCCCAUUUGGGGCUUCAGAUGUGAUGUGUCAAGGUGAUGGCACAGAAAAUGCAAAUCAAGUAGCCCUAUCAAUCAAUACAGACAUCUCACACAUUUAUACAACACAGUUCCUGCCAAUAAAGAACAGAGUGGAGAAAUAUUCAUUUAAGUAUAGUUUCACUGUGUGUAUCUCUAACCUUUUUGGGAAGUACAAUAAUGUUCUGCAAUUUGUGCAAAGUAUGGAGUUGUACAAGCUUCUGGGUGUGCAGCAUGUAGUGAUCUACAACACUAGCUGUGGUCCUGACUUGGAGAAACUCUUACAGCACUACAAGAGAGAGGGAAUACUAGAGAUUGUUCCAUGGCCUAUCGAUCAGUUCCUUAAUCCAUCUCCAGGAUGGAACUUCACAGUCCACGGAGGGGACCUGCACUAUUACGGCCAGUUAGUAACACUCAAUGAGUGCAUUUAUCGACAUAUGUAUCAGACGGAAUAUAUUCUCCUGAAUGACAUUGAUGAGAUUAUCAUGCCUUAUAAGCAUAUUAACCUUCAAUUACUGAUGGAGGAUCUUCAGUCAAACAACAAAGACGUGGGCGUAUUUCGUAUUGAGAACCACAUUUUCCCCAAGACAAAGUUUGAAGACAAUCACAGGUUCCGUCGACCUGAAUGGGGCAAUAUACCUGGCAUCAAUAUUAUGGAACACAUUUACAGAGAACCAGACAGAAAGAAUAUCUAUAAUCCCACAAAAAUGAUCAUCAACCCCAGAAUGGUGAUGCAGACAUCAGUGCAUUCCACCCUGAAACACUCUGGAAAUGUUUAUUUGGUACCUUUUGAUGUUUGUCGGAUUGUUCACGUGAGAUCGCCUCUACAGAGCCAUCUUAGCAAAAAUGAAUGUUUUGUUGACACAAGGGUGUGGGACUUUAAGGACAAACUGUUACCCAAUGUUGAUAGGGCACUACAGUCAUCAGGUUUAUUACAAAUUCUAGAUUGA